UGGAGCUCAGAGGACGGAGAAGGGUGUGAAGGCAGAGCCCGAUGGACAGCCCGACAGUGCAGCCAUAUGUCGAUGUGGACAAGGGGUUUGCCAUUGGGUUUGUCAUCCUGAUGUGCUUCUUCCUGAUGGCCAUGAUUGUGAGGUGUGCCAAGCUGAUCGUGGACCCGUACAGCGCCAUCCCCACUUCCAUGUGGGAGGAGGAGCAAAUCAAUUGACUGGCAAUA